AUGGGUCGUAUGUACGGUAAGGGAAAAGGUAUUUCCAGCUCUACCAUUCCAUACAAAAGGAAACAACCAAGUUGGUUGAAACAGAAGCCAUCUGAAAUUGAAGAUGCGAUAAUUAAAUUGGCCAAGAAAGGACAAACCCCAUCCCAAAUUGGUGCUACAUUAAGAGACAACUAUGGAAUUCCCCAAGUCAAGGCCGUUACAGGAAAUAAAAUCCUCAGAAUAUUAAGAGCCCAUGGAGUUGCCACAACCAUUCCAGAGGAUUUGUACUUUUUAAUAAAAAAGGCCGUAUCCAUGAGAAAGCAUCUUGAAAAAAACAAAAAGGAUAAGGAUUGUAAAUUUAGAUUAAUUUUAACUGAAUCGAAAAUUCACAGAAUUUCCCGAUACUACAAAAGAAAAAAGUUGUUGCCAUCCAACUGGAAGUACCAAUCCAGCACGGCUAGCGCACUGAUUGCAUAG